AGUGUGUCGCGCUACCGCUGAGUGCAGUAUCUGUUCACUGAUUACGAGUGGCGGUCCAGUUUUUCGUGGCCUGGGCAAACACGUGUCGUGAGGGGAGGGAAAUUCUGAAGGAAAACCGGCAUCUCUUUGCACGGGGAGAAGCAGACCAGGGAGUGUUGAUCCGAACCGAGCCGAUAGUUUGUUUGGUGUGUUGUGGGCUUCAGGCUGGAAGUGUUCGCUCCCACCAAUCACUGCACCCAUUAUCGAGCUUCUUGCUGUGCUGUGAAGUUUAAAUUUCCGCGUACGGCAAAGAGCAGGGGGAGAGAAAACAGUCAUCAUCAUCUUUUUCACUCGGGCAGCAACUUGGUGUUGGCGUUCGUGCGAGACAGUUGUGUUGGUGGCGGGGUUACGCGCUCGCCAGUGUAAGUGGAUGCGCGAAAACACGACGAUAACUGUGAUAGAUAGCGCAAAUAAAGAGGAAAAACAUACUGCCUCUGUGUGUGUGUGUGUGUGUGUGUACGCGCCCCGGGCCCGAUAAAAACUCCUCGACCCAUAGUCUCAGUAGAAACGGAGCUCGCCUGCCCAACGCAUCUGCCCAUCCAUCGUUUCCAUUCAGCACUCGAUCAUCUUCGCGCGAUCGUGAGCAGUGAGUUGGCAAACGGCCGAGCCAACCGUACUUCGCUCACACACGACUCCGUUUGCGCAAGAUAUCAAGCCCGCCAGUGGGUGGGUGGGAAAACAACAGCAUGUACGGCCAUGGUAAUGGUGGUGGUGGCAUCACGAACCUCAACGACGACGACGUUGAGGAGGCGAUCCAUCAGUCAUUCGCCCGGCCGAAGAGGCAGACGCACUUGAAACCUGCUGCCGAUCGCAUUUCGUGUGACAGCGGUAUCUCGCUGGAGGACCCUGCGCUGAUCACCCCCGUCAACCCCGCCAAUCCACCCGCCCCGGUCCGUCGUCCGAAGGGUGGUAAUGGUGCGACGUCGCACGUCCGACGGCUAACGCAACUGUUCGAGAACCUGUCGCACGACGAACUGCGCCACGAACAGGAACGUCAGGAGCAGUGCACAAUGUCCACGGGCGCGGUAGGAUCGUCACGGGCGCACUGGGACCUGCAGCAGGUAACCGAGGAACCAACCACACCGGAAGUGACCGAAGCAGGGGGUAACGCUGCGCCCCCCACACCUCCAGCAGUAGUGCUACCGAGCGUGGAAAGUGUUGAAGUUGUGCGCGGCACGGUGGAAAGUGAAAAUUGCCCCGCGAGUGACGUUUCGAACGAUGCGGAAAUUGCACAAGACGCAUUAGCUCCGCUGCCAGUGAUGGCGCGCUCGCGGAUGCCCAAUUUGGAGGCCAGUGCGGAAGAUCGUGUUAUGGCGCGGAGCGUGCGGAUGAGUGGUGGCGCGCGUGCGGUCAGUGGGGUGGGCAAGAAAAGGCUUAGUCGACGUCGGCGAACGACGCAACCGAUGGGGGAGGAAAGUGGUGGUGGUGUUGUUGGUGGACCCCGAGUGCUCAGCUACACCAGCGAGCAGGGUGAUAAGCUGGAUAGUGGUGGUGGUGGUGGUGAACAGCAGUACUACGACUACAUCGACGAUGACGAUGAGUUCGAUACCAGCGACGAGGAGGAGGACGAGGAGACGGAGAGCGGAAAACCCGAGCGGAAGGGAAGUGAGGGCGAAUUUGGCGAAGGAGCAGCGCCAGAGAUUUCCGAAGCGCUCAACAUGCACGUACCGGUGAUCGAUCGCGGUACGCCACACUACGAAGAGCACGACGAGUUUAGCAGCAGCUCGUUCGACAGUGACUCGGAAGAUGGGGAACCGUUUGCGGUGCGACCCGACUCGAACAGUUCCCUCAAGACGGCUCGCGUAACAAGCAUUCUACAGGAGCUGUUAGCUAACGAGGCAAACUACGUACAAACCCUUGCGCGCGGUAUCGAGAACUACGUCAGCAUUAUGACCGGGAAGGAUAUGCCACCGGCGCUCCGUGGGCAAAAGUAUCACAUCUUCGGCAACAUCGAGAAGAUCCACAACCUGCACCAGAACCAGUUCCUGCCGAUGCUGGAGAGCAAUCGGGCGAGCAUUGCCGGAAUAGCGGAAACGUUCAUCUGGUUCCUGGAGAAUGACAAGUUCUACUGCUACAUCAUGUUCGCGCUCAAUCGUCCAAAGUCGGAGCGGAUAUGCAACCGGAACUUGGACUACUUCCAGCGCCGUCAGCAGGAAGUGGACGAUAAGCUCGGCCUGAACAGCUUCCUGCUGCAGCCGAUCCAACGACUGCCCCGCUACAAACUGCUGCUGGCCGAGAUUAACAAGGAGAUCCUGAAGCAGAUGGAGGACACGCUACUCGAUUCGGUCAAGGACGAGAUCGGCAUCCUCUGCAAGGCGGAAAAGCGUCUCGAACGCUUCAUCGACAUCGUAAACGAGGCGAUGAGCAUCAACGACAUCCAAGAGUGCUACGAGGGUCCCAACAGUGUGCGGCAGGAGCUCAUGAACCAAUGUCUUGCGAUAUCCGAUCUCUUCAGCAGUCCGCUACAUGCACCGAUGGUGUUGAUACUACGCCCCGAACAGGAUCACAAUCCGGCCAAACGAGAACCCAUUAACCUGUUCAGCCAGGGCAAGUUCCGGAAGAUGUUCGAGGUGGACGUUUACGACUGGGAUCACCGAAGGCGCUACCCGGCGAAGCUGUUCCUGUUCGAGCGAAGCGCCAUCUACACGGAAAAGGUAAAAACCCACCUCGAGUACCGGGGCCGGUACGAUGAGUCGGAAAUCGGUAUCCACAACGAAAACCGCAACAAGGUGUACCUUUACGCGAGGAAGCGCGGCAUCCAGGAGAUUGAGGUGACCUGCGGUGACAUGAACGAGGCGCAGCGUUUGUCCACGCACGUGGAGAAGAUGAUGCGCGAGUUUGCGGUGAACGAGCGCGAUCGGAUCAAUACGCUGGUGCGGCCCCGGAUACCGAGCGUGAUGACGAUUAACCGGCGCAGCGUCGCUAGCAUGAUGUCCAACAACAGUGCUGCCAGUAGUAUGCGAGAAAGUUACGAAUCCACCUCACAGACCACCUGGAGCACCGAUAAACCGUGCGCACAGUUUGCUACCAUGCAGAAGAACUUUUGCAGAAUACUGGCCGCCAACCGGCGGUACUACUUCAACGAGCUGCCGGACGAGCUGGCAUCACGGUUAGCUGACUUUAUGCGCGUCUAUGAUCGGAUCCUGCAUUUCCAUGCCAAACGGUUGUACGAGGACCUGUCGCGGCCGGAUACGGGUAUCGACGAGGUGUGUGAGAUGUUCAUCGGGUACUUGAAGGAUGGAGCGCUCGAUGUACACCAUGAGUACAUUCGUCUGUUCAAACCGGCGGCGGAAAUUCUUAAAAAUGUCCACAAAGCAGCGCGGUCCAGUAUCACCGACAGCAUGGUCGCACCGACGAUGGAUGAGUUUACCUUUCUGUGCGUACAGCACUGGAACAAGCUCGAACACUUCUUCCAGGCGCUGGUCGUCCAGAUCUCCGAGCAGAUGAACUCGGGCUGCAUGGAACAUCAGGAUCUGUUCCGUAAGCUGGCCUACGUCGAGGUACAGGUGGCCAGCUUUCGUAAGCUGCUGUUCCAAAACUAUCGACUGUUUAACAUGGACGAGAAGAUAUCGCCCGGCAAGCUGGGUUUGGUGCUGUACUCGGAUCGCGUGCGGUACGAUAACGAAACGAUCAGCUCCCAUCGGGUACUGCUCUGUGAGCGAGCGGUCGUGUGCGUUAAAUUCCAUUUCGUGCGGGAAUUUGGACGCCAAACGGAAAAGUAUACCGGAUUCGCGUUUAUCGAUCGGUUUGGACGCGACGGGAAGAUGCCGAACGUACGCGUCAGCAAGAAGUCCGAGGUACGGCUGAACGUGAUGCAGAACGAGGCGAAACAUCCGAUCGACUUCGGCAACGCGGCCAACCGGGACAAGUUCUACGGGCAGUACUGUGCGGUACACGCUAAACACUCGUAGAAUAGUCGAACACGAAUAGCCACGCGAAUAGUCUUUUAGUCGAUAACCUCUCUGCUUUUUUAAAAAGCGUAAUAAAUGCAACGUUUCACGCAACAACAACAAAA